UCGCCAACCAGCGCCCGUGCGACAAAACAAGAAAGUGUCUCAAAUAACGCCUACAACUGGUUCCCAAGAUAUCAAUAUGCUUGUAAAAAAUACGGUUUGUUUCGCCGUUAUCACAUUGUUUUUUAUGUGGGAUUCAAGAACAGACGCCGCUACUACAAGCUUAAAAUUAUGUGGUAGGAAACUCGUGGAAGCCAUGGAAAGAGUGUGCAAAGAGUACAAUAGUCCUCCCUGGGAUGUACCUACAGUUAUUGAACAACCUGCAGGGAUCGUCAGGCGGAAAAGACAAAUGGGCAUCGCCGAUCAAUGUUGCAUUUCCACUUGCCAUAUGACUGAACUUCUACAAUACUGCGCCGUUAUAAAGUUGGAGUCGCCGUUGGAAGUGAUGGACGAGCACAUGAUCGAGGACCGGUCGGCGGAGGCGAGCUCCGCGUCGUCGCCGGCCGUGGUGGCAGAGGAGCGCGCGACGGGCGCUCGGCGCGAGGUGGGACGCGGUCGACUUCGCGGGUACGGGGCUAAGGCACGAGGGCGCCGUUGUUGGUGCCGGCGCAAGCGGCGCACGGGCCGACGGCGAACCUCUCUCAUGGGUAACAUGAAUCUCGUAAAAAAUGCCGCGCGCGCUGCGCCCGUGGUAGGCACCGUGUCCCCGCUGCUCACGUGGGGGCGGACGCUCAACACUGACUUACCAUCUGCAGACCGGCAUCGAUACGCAUAUGUAGCAGUAUAUUCGUAAUUCUUUAUUCGUAGCAAAAUGUUGUGCAUCGGCCUUGUUUCAAAUAAAAUUCCCGUAGACCUCGUAGACCGAACAAAUUGACAUUUUUCUACAUUUUGUAAACAACGGUAUUUCGAUUCAACUUUGGCUGUUAUAUACUUUCAACGUAAAUUGAAUAGAAAAACAGAACAAAUUAGGUUAAAUUAGAAGAAAUUGAAUUAGUAAAUGUAAGAUUAGUUACGGAUAAACGACGCGUAUUUAUCUAGGAUUUAAAAAUAAUCAUAGCUUGAAAACAAGUUCCUUCCUAGAAAUGUGUUCAAGUAUUAAUUAAUCAUCGAAAGUUUUGUAACCUUUAUCUAGUGUUAAUAAUAAUAUACCUACGACAUAGUAAUUAAUAAUCAUUUAAGUACCUAAUUGUAAAGAUUGUGUAAAAGCAAUUCGAUAAGUUCUUAGGUAUAAUUCCAAUAUGGUAUAAAUUUUCGUGUAUGUACCUACUCUUCGCCUAUUCAAGAACCAAUUCAUCAAAAUACAUAGCCAUUUUAUAAAUAUUCAUUAAUAUUAAAUGUAAAUAAUACGUUAUCUUCGAAUGUUUCAUAAUAAAUAGUCCCUAAAUACGACGUUAAUGCCUUAGAACAAAGAUAUAUUUUAAUCUCUAAAACUACGUAACUAACAUCUACCACAUAAGAUUUAAAGAUCUCUUAAGCAUCUGUGAUAAUCCAAUUGAUAAAAUAAUUCAUUAACUUAUGAACUUUUAGUAAUAUCAUGUUUUUAGAUUAAUGUAUUUCCUUGUCAUGUUUGUAUUGCGCAUGUCUGGGUUGUAUUGAAUUUAUAAUUGAGAAGUAUGUAUAUCUGAAGUGACUGAUUAAAUGGAUGCUAUAUACACUUAUAA